AUCUCACCAGCAAUCACCCUUUCAACAUCUACAACAAGCCCAUCCAUCUCAGGUUAUCCCAGACUUUCUCGACCAGUUUCUAUUUAUCCUCCGCUGCUCCUUCACAGUACCCAGGCUCCUAUGACUCCGACCAGCUGCCGUCUACCACUCAAACGAAAACGUUCUUACGAGCCAACAACCACAAUGGCUUCCGGUCCCGUGGUAGUCGACUUGUCCGGUGAUGAGUCCACUGACAGAUGGCUCUCCGCCCGGGUGAUCAACCUCAUCGUUGGACCUGAGCAGAAAAAGUGGGCGGUCCACGAAAAAAUCCUCGUCGAGCACUCGACCUUCUUCGCCGAGUACUUCCAGAGCGAAGAUGGCCGUGGCCGGGACGAGCUAAAUCUUCCUCAUGAGGAUCCUAAACUCUUUGCGCUUCUUGUGCGUUGGCUUUAUGGAAUCGCCUUCAUGUCAGGCGGCCGUCGCGCCUUUCGCUUUCCAGUGCCCGACGGCAAGGAAACUACCGUUCGAGACUUCCUCCGUCUGUACGUCCUGGGCGGCAGAUACGGCAUCAUUGGCGUCCGCAACGCGGCCAUCGAUGCGCUCUACAGCUACUACGGAGAAGCCAAGGGAAACCACGAGGCGCCCAACCUGCAUGACGUGAAGUACAUCUUUGACAACACGGCGCCCGAGGCGCCCAUUCGCCUGUUCCUGAUUGCCCACGCUCUCUUCUACCUAUUCAGCUGGGGCCGCGAGAACUCCCCCUUGCCCGACGAUUGGGCUCAGGUUCUGAAGGGAGAUGGCGAGAUCGGCUUUGCCAUGAUUCGCAUGUUGUCCGAAUGGGACUGGGUGUCGGGAAAGAACGCCCCAGUCAUGACAAUCAAGCCGCGUCACAAGUUUCAUGAGCACCCUCCUACCCCGGACAUUGUCAAGAAAGAAGUCGAUGAGGGCAACAUUUUGGAGCUGUGAGCCGGAAAAGGGAGGGGGCAAGGUUGGCGAAGCUCGGCUAGCACGUCGAUUCCAUGAACUUUUGGAGGUUGGGGUUUGUUUCGCUGGGGACUGGAACUUGGUUGGAGCCAGAGUUUAGGUUUAUUUUGCGGAAGAUGAAAGGCUCCGC